CAAUUCUCUACAAAGCACUGAAAAUACAGAAAACAAAACAUAAAUUAUCCCCAAAAAAAAUACAAAAACAUAAAGGCGAGAUAGAGAUUUUACCUCUUGCUUGCUUGUUGUGUGUAUUCAUACAUAAUUGUUUUUUUUUCUUUUGUAACCAUGGAGAGUGAUAGAACAAGCUCCUCCUCGUCACCAAAGGGGCAGGGAGUAAACUUCUCGGCCCCGAGAAGCUUUGUUGUAAAAUUGAGAUCGAAAUGUAAAGAAACUUUCUUCCCCGAUGAUCCAUUUAAACCGAUAUCGCAAGAGCCAAAUGGUUUGACAAAAACAAAAAAGACAUUGGAGUAUUUUGUUCCAAUCUUUGAGUGGCUCCCAAAAUACAAUCUGCAAAAGCUAUGGUACGAUUUGCUUGCGGGAAUAACUAUCACCAGCCUUGCCGUUCCUCAGGGUAUUAGUUAUGCUAAUCUCGCCAGUAUCCCUCCCAUCAUUGGCCUAUAUUCAAGUUUUGUGCCGCCAUUUGUGUACGCCGUGUUAGGAAGUUCGAACACUCUCGCGGUGGGAACAGUCGCAGCAUGCUCUUUGCUGAUCUCUGAGACAUUUGGUGAGGAUUUGUUGAAAAAGGAUCCUAACCUCUACCUUCAUUUGAUCUUCACCUCCACUUUCAUCACUGGUGUAUUCCAAUUUGCUUUGGGCUUCUUCAGGUUGGGGAUAUUGGUUGAUUUCCUGUCACAUUCGACCAUAACGGGCUUCAUGGGAGGAACAGCUAUAAUCAUUCUCCUCCAACAGCUUAAAGGCGUCUUUGGUCUAGUCCACUUUACGCACAAAACUGAUGUCGUUUCUGUUCUCCACGCACUCUUCACCCACCGUGAUGAGUGGAAGUGGCAAAGUGCACUUGCUGGGCUCUGCUUUCUUAUUUUCCUCCAAUCUACUCGAUACAUCAAGAAAAUAAAACCAAAGCUAUUUUGGGUAUCAGCAAUGGGUCCAAUGGUGGUCGUCCUUGUGGGUUGCCUAGUUGCUUAUUUGGUGAAAGGAACAGAACAUGGGAUCCAAACAGUUGGGCCUUUAAAGAAAGGACUAAACCCUCCUUCCAUUCAAUAUUUGACCUUUGAUGCCAAGUAUCUACCGUUGGUUAUUAAGGCCGGAAUAGUCACUGGGCUCAUCGCUAUGGCUGAAGGGAUAGCGAUCGGAAGAAGCUUUGCUGUAAUGAAGAACGAACAAACGGACGGGAACAAAGAGAUGAUAGCAUUUGGUCUUAUGAACAUAAUUGGCUCCUUUACUUCUUGCUAUUUGACAACAGGGCCAUUUUCAAAGACAGCAGUGAACUACAACGCGGGAACAAAGACACCAAUGUCAAAUGUAGUAAUGGGCCUUUGCAUGAUGCUUGUGCUUCUUUUCCUCGCGCCUCUAUUCAGCUACACACCACUCGUUGGUCUCUCAGCCAUCAUUAUGUCAGCCAUGUUAGGCCUUAUCGACUACGAGGAGAUGUACCAACUCUUCAAGGUUGACAAGUUUGAUUUCCUCGUCUGCAUGUCCGCCUUUUUCGGUGUUUCCUUCCUUAGCAUGGACUACGGCCUUAUCAUCUCCGUUGGGCUCUCCGUCGUGAGAGCGUUAUUGUACGUUGCACGGCCCUCGACUUGUAAAUUGGGAAGAAUACCAAACUCGGUUAUGUUUCGUGACAUAGAACAGUACCCUGGUUCUGAGGAGAUGGCUGGUUAUGUUAUCCUUCAAUUGGGUUCUCCUAUCUUUUUUGCUAAUAGUACUUACGUACGUGAAAGAAUUUUAAGGUGGAUUCGAGAUGAACCUGAAGAAGUCGAGUUUCUUCUCCUUGAUCUCUCUGGUGUUUCAAGCAUUGACAUGACAGGGAUGGAAACACUACUUGAAGUGCGGAGAAUCCUUGUAUCAAAAGGCAUCAAGAUGGUGAUAAUAAAUCCAAGAUUUGAAGUCCUAGAAAAGAUGAUGUUAUCGCAUUUUGUAGAGAAGAUAGGAAAGGAGUAUGUGUUCUUAUCCAUCGACGAUGCGGUCCAAGCAUGCCGAUUUAAUCUUUCCACCUCCAAAUCGGAACCGUGUUCCUAGUUAUUAAUUAGUUAAAGUUUCUAGUAAAAGUCGUAUUGGGUUGUGUGGCUUUAAUGUAAUGUGGUCGAAACAAUAACUAGUUUCAUGAGUUAGACCACCCUAUGUAUGAUUGCUCUGGUCCCAUUUGUAGCACUAAGAAAUCAAGAGGAAAAUAUUCAUAAUCCAAGUGACUCAAGUCUUGGUGUACCA